AUGAGACUACUGAGAUACCCGGCUAUAACAGCCCACGCCCGCAGCCUCAACCCCUCGCGCAUUCAUCGCAGAGCGUUCACGGCAACUCAUAACCCGCAAGCUCAGUCCCAAGCACAGGAAUCAACAGCAGGAACCUCAUCUCAAACCAACAACAGCAACACCAAUUCGCAGUCACCAACCCAGGGCCAACACACCCUCGACUCGCCAGAACAACAACUCAAAGACAACCACCACAAGACCAACGCUCUGAAAUCCGUCAAGGACAAACUCACAAUGUCCUCAAAACUCAUCCCCCAAAACCCGGCCGACGUGAUGGUCAUCCGCGACCUCACCCCAAACAUCACAACCUUCUCCGUCCCCUUCUCCCGCUUCGGCACCCUCAAAAUCGGCGGCCGCGCCACCUUGGUCCGCCUCACAUCCGGCGCCCUCGCCGUCUUCAGCCCCGUCGCCCUCACCGACGCAGUCAAGGCCAAGAUCGCCGAAAAGGGCGGGAACCUCGCCUACAUCAUCGCCCCCGACAUGGAGCACCACAUCUUCAUCUCCGAGUACAAGGCCGCCUACCCGCAAGCCAAGAUCAUCGGCCCCGAUGGCCUGCCGCAGAAGCGCGCCAAGCAGACGGGCGAUCCCAAGAUUAACACGGCGGACGAGUUCUUUGUCGUUUUCAAAGAUGGCGCGGAGAAGCGGAGCGUCACUAUCACCCCCGAGUUUGAUGCCGAUUUCGAGUAUGAGUACGUCGAUGCGCACGCCAACAAGGAGCUCGUCUUCUACUUCAAGCCUGAGCGCGUGCUCAUUCAGGCUGACUUGCUCUUCAACCUGCCUCCGAGGGAGCAGUACUCCAAGGCGCCCGAGGGCGAGCGCGAUACCUCCUCCGGCUUCGGCAACAAGCUUUUCGGCGGCCUGCAGACUACCGAGGGCGACGUCAAGUGGGUGAAGCGCUUCCAGUGGUACGUGAUGAGCAGCAAGGAUAGGCCGAGCUUCAACGAGAGCAUCCAGAGGAUCGAUGCGUGGGACUUUGAUACGCUCAUUCCCUGCCACGGAGAUACCAUCCAGGGUGAUGGAAAGGAGAGGUUUAGGAAGGUGUUUGAGUGGCACUUGGCCGGUACGAAGAAGUAG